UAUCUUACAGAUGUGAACUGCUCGUCGAGGGUAGCCGAGAAGACUUGCCGUCGUUGUUCGCAUUCACGGUGCUUUGUGCUAUUUAAUCUGGCUCCUUGCCCUCCCCAGACUUCCCCAGAACCAUCACUUUUAUUCCAUACACACGACACAAUACACGAUGUCGACCACACGCCAAUUCGACCCCAACUUCACUCCCAGCGUUAUCAACGCCAUGGGACCCAAGACCAACGAGCGUGCUCGCGUGGUUUUGGGAUCGCUGAUCAAACACAUUCACGACUUUGCUCGCGAGGUCGAACUCACCCCAGCCGAGUGGAUGCUUGGCGUUGAAUUCAUCAACUCUAUUGGUCAGAUCAGCACACCUAUUCGCAACGAAUGCCAUCGCGUUUGCGACGUUAUUGGCCUUGAAUCGCUGGUCGACGAAAUCGCCAACAAAAUCGUCACCGAACAGGGGCUCUCGCCCACAUCUAAUGUCAUCCUCGGCCCCUUCUGGUCACCCAGUGCUCCAUUCCGAGAGCUCGGAGAUAGCAUCAUUCAGAACACCAACCCGAAUGGAAAAGUGACCUAUAUGCACGGUGUCCUCACGGACAUGGAAACCGGCAAGCCCAUUGAGGGCGCCGUCCUCGAUAUUUGGCAAGCAUCCGCCAACGGCAAAUACGACUUCCAAGACCCCGAACAGACCGAGAACAAUCUUCGCGGGAAAUUCAGAUCAAAUGCCAAGGGAGAGUUUUAUUGGUACUGCUACCAUCCUACUCCGUACUCUCUUCCCACCGACGGUCCCGCCGGUGUGCUUUUGAAUGUCAUGGAUCGCUCGCCCAUGCGUCCUGCUCAUAUUCAUCUUAUGAUUACUCACCCCGACUACGCCACAAUUAUCAACCAGAUCUACCCCAGCGACGACCCUCAUCUUAAAAUCGACUCUGUGUUUGCUGUCAAGGAUGAUCUGGUUGUAGACUUUAAGCCCAAGACCGACGACCCCAAGGCUCAGCUCGAUCUGGAAUAUAAUGUUAAAAUGGCGCUGAAGAAGCAUCACCCUAACCCCAACUCGGCACCGCCUGUGUCGUCAUUCGAGCGCUCUCGCAAGGCUGCCCUAUAAUAACAUGCAGGAUCCAAUUCUUAUGAAUAUUUUGUACAGUUAAAAUGCUAGAAGCAUAGCAGAUAUCCUGACGCCAAAUGA